AUGAACCUCGAGAAGACCAUAAUGGGACCCCUCUACCGAGUCUAUCUCUUUCUUGUUUUCUUCAUCUCAGCCACAAUGGCUAUUCCUCAACAGACCGCCUCGAUCACUACGGCUGCAGCUCCGGCGGUGAUCACCCAAGGCCCCGAGCUCUUGUGCUCAAAUGGACAAACUGCCGUCUACACGACAGACUGUACAUUGGGAACCCCGGUUUCGUACUGCUCCAGCCAGGAACCGCCCCUGGAGUGCCCACAGGGAUCCUUCCCGUCCGUUUGGCAUCCAGAGCAUUGCAUGGAGCAAUCGAGCUGUUUCCCGCUCAGCGAACCCUGGAUUACCACGAAGUGCUCGAAUGGGGCUAUUCCGUAUUCGACGUCGACCAUAUAUCAGGGCACAUUGGCGGGAGGAGAAUCAACUGUGAUCAGGGGCAAAAGCCGACGGCCGAGGCUAACUGGAAUAUUCUCGCUUCUUGUAGGUGUCUCCUGCUCCUGUGCUACAAAUCAAUGGUACAGCAUGACCCUACUGUCAGGCUCAUCGAACUACGACACCUUCUGUAUGCCGUACAGCUACUGUCCACGGGGUAUGACGACUUCCGUCUCGAUCAAUGAGUACUGCGCCACCCAGCCGGUGGGCGUUUGCUCGGAUAUACCUCUGCAAGCCAACCUUUGUAAAUGUGCCUCCCCGGCGCAGACUCCAGUCUAUCCUGACUGGCCUGGAGCUAAUCCAACUGGGUGCGAGUACCGAACUCGAUGA